UUGCAACAAGUGGCGGCGGCGGCGGCGGCAGCGGAAGGAGCCCGAGCAGGGAAGCUUAGCGAGGUCAUUCGUUCGCAGUCCGCGUUGCUCCCCCGCAACCCGGAGCUACGCACCCAAGCCGGCCCGCUGCCGCACCCCACCCCCCUACCCUUUACCACCUCUCAUUAGAGAAGGGGGAAGAUGAGUGAAUCUAGUUCAAAGUCCAGCCAGCCUCUGGCCUCCAAACAGGAGAAAGAUGGGUCUGAGAAGAGAGGGCGGGGCCGACCCCGGAAACAACCCCCGAAGGAACCCAGUGAGGCACCAACUCCCAAGAGACCUCGGGGCCCACCGAAGGGGAGUAAGAACAAGGGGGCUGCAAAAGGCCGGAAAACCACCGCUGCACCAGGGAGAAAACCAAGAGGUAGACCCAAAAAGCUGGAGAAAGAAGAGGAAGAGGGGAUAUCCCAGGAGUCUUCGGAGGAGGAGCAGUAACCAGGUCUGCUUGUAUCGCGCUACCUCAUUCCCCUUGAUGAUGAUGAUGACGACGACUCGGCGGCCCUUUCCUUCUGGGACUAGACAGAAAAAUGUUGAUCUUCUUUAAAUCUCCACUUUUCGUUCCCCACCUUUCCU